AUGACCUUGCAUCUCCCCAGCUUUCUCAUUCCCAUGUCUGUAUCCACAGAGAAGUUCCAGGUGAUUGGCCCUGUGGACCCCAUUGUGGCAGUGCUGGGUGGGGCCAUCACACUGCCCUGCUCCCUGUCUCCUGCCAUGAAUGCGGAGAACAUGGAGCUGCGGUGGUUCCGGUCCAUCUUCCCAGAAGCGGUGUUCAUCUAUGAGAACCAGUGGGAGCAGAAGGAGGAGCAGAUGCCACAGUACAAAGGGCGGACCUCGCUGGUGACAGACUUCCUCACUCAGGGGGAGGCUGCUGUACACAUUGACAAGGUUCGGGUUUCUGAUGAUGGGCUGUACACCUGCUUCUUCAAGAACGGAGAUUUCUAUGAAGAGGCCACUUUGGAAGUGAAGGUGGCAGGUGUGGGAUCUGACCCUCAAGUGCACAUUGAAGGGCUAGAGGAAGAUGGAAUUCGUGUGGCAUGCAAAGCCUCUGGGUGGUUUCCGAAGCCCCAGGUUCAGUGGAGAGACCCGAGUAGAAAAAAGUUCCAGGCUUUCUCUGAGGCCCAUGAUCAAGAUGCUGAGGGGCUGUUCAGUGUGGAGGCCUCGCUGGUGGUGAGAGACAGCUCUGUAAGGAACGUGACCUGCUCCGUCUUUAACCCCGUCCUCAACCAGGAGAAGGUGAAGGUGAUUUUCAUCCCAGAGCCCUUUUUCCCUCAGGCUUUUUCUCCUUGGAUGCCAGUUUUUGUGGUGAGCCUGACCAUGCUGAUGCUCCUCAGCUUAGGGGCUGGCUAUUUUCUCAAGAAAGAACAUUCAGCAAAGGUGCUGGUGUGGAAGGAUUGGAAGACUCUUCAGCAGGCUAUGGAGGAGGAUGAGAAGGAAUCAAAGUUAGCCAACAAGGAGGCAGAUGAAUUCCAGAGAGAGCUGGUGAAUACAGGCAGAAUAGGAGUUUUUGAGAUUAUUGAGGAAGAGAACAGUCUCACUAGGGUAUGUCCUCUUUCAGCCUGGAGAAAGGCCCAGCUGUAUGCAGACUGGCGGAAGGAGCACUUUCAGAUUUGGUCUGUCACUAUGGAUCCACAGUCUGCCCACCGCAAUCUUGCCCUCUCUCAAGAAAACAUGAGUGUGACCUGGAAGGACAACUGUGGAGUUCUGGGCAACAGCUGCAGUGUGUUGGGCACCAAGGGCAUCGGGUCAGGGCGAUGUUACUGGGAAAUAAAAGUCAGUAAUAAAUACAACAGCAAGUGGGCUCUGGGGGUUUGUAGAGAAGAUGUGGAUAGGAAUGGGUGGUUCAGACAGUGCCCAGAAAGGGGGUUUUGGGUUAUGGAAUUUUUUCACAAUAGCUAUUAUACCGUCGUUACUUUUUAUACAACAAUAAAAGCAUACACAUACCAACGUCUUAGAAAUGAUUCCCAUCACAUAGGGGUUUUCCUGGACUACGAUGGUGGGGAUAUCUCCUUCUACAACAUGACUGAUGGGUCUCAUAUUUUCUCAUUCGCUCAGGGUUCCUUCUCUGGGACCCUCUUUCCAUAUUUCAUGAUUAAGUCAGGAAGUCCAUCCCUCACUAUUUGUUCCAUGUUAGGUGGGCUCAAGGAGACACCUGUGCUUAACACAUUUCCAUUUUCUUUGGAUGAGUCCAUGAAUCCUCCUGAGGAGGGGUUGAGAUCUGGCUCUGGUGGUGAUGGUGUUCUCCCAGGGGUUGAAUCUCCAUUACUCCCCUCUGGCCCCAGGGCUGUGUCUCUAUAA